AUGUUACACUUUCAGGAGUGGUCUGAAGUUAGUGAGGAAGAAGAUGAAGAGACACUGAGCAGGGAAGACUCUGGAAUCCAGGUUGAUAAGACGCCUCAAGAUGAUGCUGACAGAAAAAAUGCUCCUCCUGUGGUGUCAUGGAAAGGUGAACCAGAUGCCCGAACCUGGCUGGAGCAGCAUGUCGUUCAUCAGUACUGGACCUCAAGAGCAAGUAGAUUUUCACACAGUUUGCACUUGCAUUCUAACCUGGCAGCUGUCUGGGAUCAGCAUUUGUACUCUACAGAUCCAUUAUAUACACCUGAAGAAAAAACAUUUGUCACUGAAACCCAAGUGAUUCGUGAGACUCUCUGGAUACUCUCCGGUGUGAAAAAACUGUUCAUCUUUCAGUUGAAUGAUGGCAAGGUCACUGUAAGGAAUGAUAUCGUUGUGACGCAUAUGACACAUAACUGUCUUAGGUCUGUCCUUGAGCAAAUAGCAGCCUAUGGACAGGUAGUAUUUCGGCUGCAGAAGUUUAUGGAUGAGGUCACAGGUCACUGUUCUGAGAACCCCUUGCCUGGAACUCUUCCUACUCCCAAAAAAGGUGCUGAGGCUCCAUUCCGAACUUACCAGGCCUUCAUGUGGGCAUUGUACAAAUACUUCAUGAGCUUUAAAGAGGAGCUGGCAGAGGUUGAGAAGUGCAUAAUAAACAAAGACAAAACAGUCACAUUGGCAAUGGUUGUUGACAAGUUGGCUCCUCGGCUUGCACAGCUGAAAGUGUUGCAUAAGGUUUUCAGCACAGGUAUAGCAGAAGUGCCUCCUGACACCAGAAACGUUGUGAGAGCCUCUCAUCUUCUUAAUACUCUGUAUAAAGCCAUUUUGGAAUAUGACAACGUAGGAGAGGCAUCUGAACAAACGGUGUCUCUCCUAUUUUUCCUGUGGGUUGAAACUGUGAGACCCUAUUUAGAAAUAGUAGAUGAAUGGAUUGUUCAUGGACACCUAUUUGAUCCAGCAAAGGAAUUCAUUAUUCAGCGAAAUAAAGAUGUUCCAGUGAAUCAUCGUGAUUUUUGGUAUGCAACAUACACACUAUAUAGUGUCUCAGAAAAAACUGAGAAUGAAGAUAAAAUGAGUGACAAUGCCAGUGCCAGCUCAGGUAGUGACCAGGCCCCAGCCAGCAGGCAGCACACAAUGGUCUCUUUUCUAAGACCUGUUCUCAAGCAGAUCAUCAUGGCGGGGAAAUCUAUGCAGCUGCUGAAGAAUCUGAAGUGUAAAUCCUCCCUGCAACAGGACCUUUCAAGAGAUGCAGAUAGGAAAAGCUUGUACACGCUGUUCUUAGAAUCUGUUCAAUCCCGACUUCAGCAUGGGAAGGACUUGGCCCCAGACAGCAUUACAGAGCAGCAAGUUAAUAAGCAGAGUCUAAUAAAAAUGCAGUCCAUAGUGGCUAAACACCUAGAACUGAAUGACAUACAUGAUCCACUGCUGGCCAUCAACUUUGCAAGGUUAUACCUGGAACAGAGUGACUUCCUGGAGACAUUUACCUGUGAAGAUGUUAGUGUGGAUAGGUCCUCAGAAUCAGUUACUUGUCAAUCAUUUGAACUAACCCUUCGGUCGUGCCUCUACCCACACAUUGACAAGCAGUAUCUGGAGUGCUGUGGAAACCUAAUGAAAACUCUAAAAGAAGAUUAUAAACUGUCCGAAUAUUUGAAGUCAAUGAGAAACUUCUUCCUUCUUGAAGCUGGUGAUACCAUGUAUGACUUUUACACCUCUAUAUUUGAUAAGAUCAGAGAGAAGGAACCAUGGCAGAAUGUUGUUUUUCUGAAUGUGCAGCUACAGGAAGCAGUCAGUCAGCGGUACCCAGAGGACAGCGCACGAUUAUCCAUUUGCUUUGAGAAUGUUGACUUGAUUAAAAAGAAGCUUCCAGUUCAUACAUUAGAUGGUCUUGUACUGAGUUAUAAGGUACCUUGGCCUGUAGAUAUUGUGAUCAGCUCAGAAUGUCAGAAGAUCUAUAACCAAAUAUUUUUGCUGUUGCUGUUAAUAAAAUGGGCAAAGUAUAGCUUGGAUGUCUUACAGUUUAAUGAACUGGUUAGUGCAGCUGAGAAGGAAUCCCCAAAAGAAGACUUGGGAAGUGAACAGCAACUACUCUCUCAUCUGUUACCAGCAGCUGAGCCAAAAAAUCAGCAAAUCCAUCGCAUGUUCCUUCUGCGAGUUAAGCUUAUGCAUUUUGUUAACAGUCUGCACAAUUAUAUGAUGACCAGGAUUCUUCACAGUACGGGUUUGGAGUUUCAGCAUCAAGUAGAGGAAGCAAAAGAUCUUGAUCAGCUGAUUAAAAUUCAUUAUAGAUAUCUUUCUACAAUUCAUGACCGCUGUCUUUUAAGGGAAAAGGUGAGCUCUGUGAAAGAAGCCAUAAUGAAAGUGAUGAAUGUUGUUCUAAUGUUUGCUGAUCGCUGGCAUGCUGGUUUAGGAGCUUGGAAGGCUGAAUCUAUUGUGAAGAUGGAAUCUGACUUUACAAACUGCCACAAAUUUCUUGUCAAAGUAUUAAAUAAAGCAGUCUGUAGAGGAUCAUUUCCACACUGUAAGUACUUUGUUAAUAUACACACACCUUAUUUGUUUUAUUUUAUAACCAUGAGAGGUAUGAUGAGUUGA